AGAGACCUAAUAGGCCAGCACGAGUCACUUCUAGCUGGAGCCUCAUCACCACUUGACAGCAUCUCGCCAUGGCCCCAAAGAAGAAGGACGAGCCCGCACCUGCAGCUGCUGCUCCCAAACCGCCACCAGAACCCGAGCGCCCUAAGACCCCCGUGUUCAACUCCUCAUCUAUCACGCUGGAAUUCACCCCCGAGCAAAUCGAAGACUUCAAAGACGCAUUCCAACUGUUCGAUAGGACUCCCAACAGCGAGAUGAAGAUCACCUACGACCAGUGUGGUGAUCUGAUCCGAGCUUUGGGACAGAACCCCACCAACGCGGAGAUUAUGUAUGUCCUCGGGAAGCCCAAAGCUGAAGAAAUGCAGUCCAAGAUGCUGGACUUUGAGCAGUUCCUGCCAAUCCACCAACACAUCUGCAAGGCCAAAGACCGGGGCACCUUUGAGGACUUUGUGGAGGGUUUGCGGGUGUUUGACAAAGAGGGCAACGGCACCGUCAUGGGUGCUGAGUUGAGACACGUGCUGGCUACGCUAGGUGAGAAGAUGCGUGAGGAUGAGGUGGAGCAGCUGAUGCAGAACCAAGAGGAUGCCAACGGAUGCAUCAAUUAUGAGGCUUUUGUCAAAUACCUCAUGGCCUCUUGAACGAAACAUGAUUUUGGAGUCCCCUGUGGGCUGCCUUAUUGUGCAUUACCAUGACAACAGAUUGUAUUGGUUUUCCUCCCUCAUUUCACUGGAACUAGAACAUCUUAAGUGUGCAUAUCAGUCUCUGUUCAUAAUAGAAAGCAAGAAAGAGAAGAAAUACAGAACAUUUAAAAAAAAAAGGUUUGAAUGUG